AUGCCUCGAGGUGGCGAUGUCGUCGAAAAGAAGAUUGAAGACAUCGUCGUCAACAUGAUGCGCCAAUUGUCCCAACCGGGCGCCUCGUAUCGACAACUCCAGUUGACCGCAAAUCUCGACGGCACCGAACCCCGCCUCGGCUACACCAAUACGGCCGCCGGUCUCGAGAAGCUGGCCCGAGAUAUGGCCGCGUUGGCCAAGGUCUAUGAACUGUCAAAGACGAACGCUACGGCAACAAAGAGGGACGUCUUCUACGAUGACAAAAUGAUCUACGAGACACAACGGAGGGCAGAUAGCGCUAUCACAAAUGUCUGCGAGCUGUUGGAUGUGGAACGGCAGAAAAUUCGCAUUACGUCAAGCAGCAAGGCGUUCCUCCGUGGCGAACUCACCUUCAUCGAUGAUGAAGCAAAAACAAUCGAUGCCCGCGCCGCCGCGAUCCCAAUAUCCGAGUCACUGGUGGAGUAUCGUCCAAUUUCAUCGGCUCUAUUCAUCCUCGUCAUCGAGAAGGACGCCACCUUCCAACGGCUGAUAGAUGCCGGAUAUUUCAACGUGUUUCCACACUCGAUUCUCAUGACGGGUCGCGGGUAUCCAGAUCUUUGCUCUCGAAAGGUGCUCCGUUUCCUCGGCGAUCGUCUGGCUAUCCCAAUCUUUGGCCUAUUCGAUGCUGAUGUGCACGGUCUCUCCAUCUACCUGUCCUACAAAUACGGCUCCGGGAAGUGGCAUGUCGAAUCGAGCGGUGUCGCCGUCCCCAAGAUACAAUGGCUCGGCCUCGGCUUCUCCGACCUCGACAAUUUGCCAAUUCCGGAGGACCAAUACCUGCCGAUCAAAUUUGCGGAAAAGAAAAGGUUGCGCCAACUCAUCCACCGGGCCACCCAAAUAAACGAGCCGGUCAUUGUCAAAGAGGCAGAAAAGAUGCUGGAAACCGGAAAGAAGGUCGAGCUGGAGGUGUUGACUGGUGGCGCGGGACUCGGCUCACGUUAUAUCGUUACAGACUACUUGCGCAGAAAAUUGUACAACUACCUCCCGUGCACUUCCCAAGGCGAAUCGGCCCGUUCUUCUUCAGCAGCCUCCGGUUCCCAACGAUCUCUUCCUACCGACUCGCAAAAAUAUUUC